AUGGCAGGCCAGACAGUAUCCAUGAAGGAACCAGUAUGUCUGAUUGAGAACGACAGUGAUGGGAAGCUGCGUGUGGUCCGCAGUGCACUGGACAUCCUGGACCAGAUUGACCAGCAUGUGGUAGUGGUGGCGGUGGUCGGGCUGUACCGCACCGGUAAGUCCUACCUCAUGAACAAGCUGGCUGGGGAGAGGAAAGGUGAACCACUCAAGCAUUUUUUAAACUAUGGUCCAAAGUCCAAACAAUAUACAUAACAAUAUGCAUGACCUCAACACUGUUAUAUGAUUAUGUAUUAGAUCAUUAUUUCUCAUAACAGAAAGUGUUAUGUGUACAGCAUGUCUAUAUGUACUGCAGUUGACAUUCAGGGUUCGAGAGACAUUAGAUAGGUCGCACCAAAGUACAGAUUUGUCCUGUUCUGACCAUAUUACGCUUUGACGGUUAUUUCUCUCACAAAAUUGGGAAUUUUAAUGCAUCCUAUUAUUGCAUUGUGGAAACUAGUUAGUUUCUCUUUCAGUUUUACACUAUGAAGUACAACCAGUUUAUUACAGCAACAGUCAGAGCCAGUCAUUUCAUUAAAGCCCUUGAUUUGGAAGAACAUGACUUCUGGAAUAACCCAAUGAGAACUUUAGUAAUUCAUAUUUGAAGACGUUAAGGUGAGUUUUGUAAGUACCCAGUACCAAAGUCUACAGUUUUGUUCUAGCCUCUGCCGAGUCCCCAACAAUCGGAUGUUCCGGUGUUCAGGGAAAAUGGAAAGGGAGCCUGUGAUGCGACUUCUGCUUCUGCUCCAUCUUAACUCCUCCUCCACAUUUACUGGAUUGGUUGAACAGUGCAGAAGAGAUCUCCUGACAAGUUAUUUUUUCUUAUCAAGACCAGUACGUACGGGUUCUACACUGAACAGAAAUAUAAACACAACAUGUAAAGUGUUGGUCCCAUGUUUCAUGAGCUGAAAUAAAAAAUCCCCAAAUUUCUCUCAAAUUUGGUGCAUACAUUUGUUUACUUCCUGUUAGUGAGCAUUUCUCCUUUGCCAAGAUAAUCCAUCCACCUGACAGGUGUGGCAUAUCAAGAAGCUGAUUAAACAGCAUGAUCACUACACAGGUGCACCUUGUGCUGGGGACAAUAAAAGGCCACUCAAAUGUGUAGUUGUCACACAACACAAUUCCACAGAUGUCUCAAGUUGAGGGAGUGUGAAAUUUGCAUGAUGAUGGCAGUUAUGUCCACCAGAGCUUUUGCCAAAGAAUUGAAUGGUCAUUUUUCUACCAUAAGCUGCCUCCAACGUCGUUUUAGAGAAUUAGUACGUCCAACCGGCCUCACAUCCGCAGACCACGUAUAUGGCGUUGUGUGGGCGAGCGGUUUGCUGAUGUCAACGUUCUGAACAGAGUGCCCCAUGGUGGGGUUACGGUAUGGCCGAGCAUAAGCUACGGACAAAGAACACAGUUGCAUUUUAUCGAUGGCAAUUUGAAUGCCCAGAGAUACCGUGCGGAGAUCUUGACUCCCAUUGUUGUGCCAUUCAUCCGCCGCUAUCACCUCAUGUUUCAGCAUAAUGCACGGCCCCAUGUCGCAAGGAUCUGUACCCCAGGAGGCUGCUGAGGGGAGAAUGGCUCACAAUAAUGGCUAGAACGGAGCAAAUGGAAUGGCAUCAAACACCUGGAAACCAUGUUUGAUGUAUAUGGUACCAUUCCGCUCCAGUAAUUAACACAAGCCCGUUCUCCCCAAAUAAGGUGCCACCAACCUCCUGUGAUCUGUACACAAUUCCUGAAAGCUGAAAAUGUCCCAGUUCUUUCAUGGCCUGCAUACUCAACAGACAUGUCACCCAUUGAGCAUGUUUGGGAUGCCCUGGAUCUACGUGUACGACAACGUGUUCCAGUUCCCGCCAAUAACCAGCAACUUCGCACAGCCAUUGAAGAGGAGUGGGACAAUGUUCCACAGGCCACAAUCAACAGCCUGAUCAACUCAAUGCGAAGGAGAUGUCGCGCUGCAUGAGGCAAAUGGUGGUCACACCAGAUACUGACUGGUUUUCUGAUUCACGCCCCUACUUUUUUUUGAAGGUAUCUGUGACCAACAGAUGCAUAUCUGCAUUCCCCAGUCAUGUGAAAUCCAUAGAUUAGGGCCUAUUGAAUUUUUCAAUUGACUGAUUUCCUUAUCUGAACUGUAACUCAGUAAAAUAUUUUAAAUUGUUGCAUGUUGCAUUUAUAUUUUUGUUCAGUAUAGUUUCAGGCAUUUGCUUUUACACCUGCUACUUUAGGUUAGUUAUAUCCUGACCAGAUGUUCUAGGUUGGUUCUGUGGAUAUAUGGAGAGUGGAAAAAUAAAUUCCAUACAUGACCUGUGACGCAUCUUGUUAUUGCACUGGCUACUAGAUUCACGUUCAGUCUGUCAGCAUGAUAUAUAAUUUAAAAAGGUUCAUCUGAAAACCAGCUGUCUUGAGUAAACACUUCAUAUCCAGCUGCCUCUUUACAGAUUUCUUAUUUUAUUUUAAUGUCCUAAGAACAGUUUUUAUCCUCUGUCCUCAAGGUUUUGCCCUUGGAGCCACCAUCCAGUCCAAAACUAAGGGCAUCUGGAUGUGGUGUGUGCCUCAUCCUGAAAAAAGAGACCACACCCUGGUGCUGCUGGAUACAGAGGGGCUGGGGGAUGUGGAGAAGGUGGGAGGUCAAAGUUCACUCUGUCAACACAUUUCGAAACAUUACAUUUAGCAUAAGCAUCUACUGGAUUGAGUUAAUUAAUCUCUUUUUAUACAAUAAGGAAAUAUUGAUCCUGAAUCCUGAAAUACAAUACCUUGGAUGAUAAUAUUGGUAGAUACUGAUAUUUUGUGGUCUUGAUGAGAUGACAGAAUACAGCGUAACUACUGUAGGAUUCUGCAUACUGCUUUGUUUUUCAAAUAGGGAAAGUCCCAUGUUAUCUCAAUGGACAGUGUCCAGUACUGAUAACAGAUUUCAUUACCUGUAAUGUAAGAUGUAUAUUACUGUACGUCUGGGGCUGGCAGUUAAUGCACAAUCUAAUGUUUGUAAUGUGGACCCAUCGUAUGGUGAAGCUCAAAAGAGAUUAUAUAUAUAUAUAUAUAUAUAUAUAUAUAUAUAUAUAUAUAUAUAUGCAUGCAAGGUGGGAAAGUACGUCACAUUUGUGGGUUGCUGACCUCAUACUGUAUAUGGCUGAUUUAACUAAAUGGUUGUUGGCUCAACAAAGUAACUAUGUUUACUGAAAAUACUGGAGCAGUGUCUUGUCCAAAAAAUAUUGUACUGAUGUACACUGUGGACAUACAUAAAGCAGGUUAAAAACAUACAGCUGAGGCUUAUUGUAGAGUUUAAACAAAUGUCAUGCUGUAACAUAAAACAAGUUAAAAACACACAGCAAAGUAAUGGCUUGUUCUAGAAUUGUAACAAACUUAAUGCUGGAUUUUCCUCACUGACUUAAUUUCACUCUAGUAUGAACAGAAUACCAAUGUGUUCCUUCUGUUGUGUCUGCAGGGUGAUGAGGAGAAUGACAACUGGAUCUUUUCCCUGGCUGUCCUGCUCAGCAGUACUCUGGUGUACAACAGCCUGGGAACCAUCGACAACAACGCCCUGGAGAAACUACAGUAUCCUUCAGCAGGCCAGCAGCUGGCCUAUAAACAAAUGUAGAUCUAUCAUUCUAAUUUGGUUAGAGGAAAUUUCCACAAUCACACAAUCAGAGUAAGGAUAAAUCCUUUCUGAUUCUUUGAGUCAGACACCAGUUUAAAAUACAGUGCAGUGUUAUGUUUGUAGUGCUGAGCGAUUAACCAAAAUGUUGGUUAUAUUUAGGUUUUUAAACAACUAAUUGACAGACAUCGGUUCAAUUAAUUGAAUUCCAUUUCUUUCGUUUUUUUCUGUGAGCUCGAUGUGCAGUUUCUGUAGAGAUAAAUCAGAUCAAGCCUGAACUGUGCGACGAAGUAGGGAGUUGUAGUUUCCUACAGGCCAAUAUUCUACAUAAUUUAGCGCAGAAAACGUGGUAAUUGACUACAAUGACCAUAAUCCAUUGCGCGCCCGCUUAAACUUGUCCGGUCUGUGCAGCGCAGAGAGAAGAGAGAACGUGUGAACUGCGCGAGCUUGAAAAUACAUGAUCUAAGUGACUGAUAGUUGGUAUUCAGCAGUCAUAAAAGUAUGCCUUAUUUACUUUGAAGAACUACUAAAAUAGUGAUUUUUUUCAGACAGCACAGGCAGCAGCUCUAUAGAGAUGAGAUGAUAACUUGGAAUGAAAUAAUAAAACAAAUAUUUUAUUAAUGUACUGUGAAUAAAUGAUGGUUAAUAAGUGAUAAGCUGUAAUAGGCAGUCACUACCACCAUGGGACUUUUAUUAAUUGUUUAUUCUGUGUUACAGUAUUCAACCCAUAUAGUGCAUUUUAAUGUCUAAACAAAUUUAUCGAAAACAUGAUUAUUUUUAAAAUAAUCGAACAGAAACCGAACAGACCUCAAAAAGCGCUAAUUGCUCAGCACUAUACUGUAUGUUAGUAUAUCUGGUUUCAUUUAGUCCUCAACACCACCCUUUUCAGCUAUGUGACAGAACUGACAGAGCACAUCAAGGUGAAGUCCAACCAGCGAGACGGGGAGGAAUCUUCAGAGUACCUGCGUUACUUUCCUUCCUUUGUGUGGACAGUCAGAGAUUUCACCCUGACCCUGGAGGUUGAUGGAAGACGCAUCACAGCCAAUGAGUACCUGGAGAACGCUCUUAAACUGAAAACAGGCGAGAAUUCUAACUAGCACAUAACUGGAUUGAUGAUAGUAAAUAUGAAUGUAUGAAUACAUACAUCAAAUAUUGUUGCGCACAUAAAAGUAGUUAAUUUAGGCUUAUAUGCAUAUUUUUCAAGGUCAAAGGUUCAGCAGUACAACCUGCCUCGUAGCUGCCUGCGGAACUAUUUCUCUCCUCGCUGGUGCUUUGUGUUUGAGAGGCCAGCCAGCAGAGACAAAAUGAGACGUAUGGAGGAGCUGACCGAUGCUGACCUGGAGCCCUCCUUUGUGGAGCAAGCCAAGGAGUUCUGUGAUCACGUCUUCAAGGAGGCCAAGACCAAGACCCUGAAACAGGGCCUGAAAGUUACCGGCAGACGUGAGUAUAAUUAUUAUAAUACAACAAAUAUACUACAGUACAACAGCUGAUACUACAACCACCAGUGCCACCACUACUACCAAUACUACUACUACUACUACUACCACCAGCACCACUACAACUACUACCAUUUCCUUUACUACUUCUACAAGUAAUACUACUAUUUAUACUACUUCCAUCCAUACUACAUCCAUCACUACCACAACUAUACACUGAGUGUGCAACACAUUAGGAACACCUUCCUAAUAUUGAGUUGCACCACCUUUUGCCAUCAGAACAGCCUCAAUUCGUCAGGGCAUGGACUCUACAAGGUGUCAAAAAGCGUUCCACAGGGAUGCUGGCCCAUGUUGACUCCAAUGCUUCCCACAGACUGGCCAAUAAAAAUAAAAGAUUAAGAUGGGCAGUCUGAGAUAUGGCUUUUUCUUUGCAACUCUGCCUAGAAGGUCAGCAUCCCGGAGUCGCCUCUUCACUGUUGACGUUGAGACUGGUGUUUUGAAGCUGCCAGUUGAGGACCUGUGAGAGGCGCCUGUUUCUCAAACUAGACACUAAUGUAUUUGUCAUCUUGCUCAGUUGUGCACCGGGGCCUCCCACUCCUCUAUCUAUUCUGGUAAGAGCCAGUUUGUGCUGUUCUGUGAAGGUUGUAGUACACAGCGGUGUACGAGUGUUAUGUGAAUUAUUAAACAAACUAUUUCAGUGUCUCUGUGCGUCUCCCAAAAGGUUGUAAGUCUUUUGGGAUUUAAGUAACGGACAGAGUCCCGAUCUGCAUAGUCAGAGAUCUUUAUUCAUUAAGAAUUCUGCCAUCACAAUUUCAGAGUCCAUCUUUUAUACUCAUACAAGAAAAUCCCUCCCCUCUGUAGGCGGGCUGUAGUUUUCCACUCUAAAACUGCUCUCCUGACCAUCAGUUCACACACACACACACACACACAUAUACACACAUGCAUACACACAUACAUACACACACACACAUACAUCCACACACACACACACACGCAUACACACACACAUACAUCCACAAACACAUGCAUACACACUUUCUUAUCAUAGCCUGCAUUCCUCAGUUAUUGCCGUUCUCACAAUAUUCUGCACCAUGUUUUCAUACUCAUUAAAAAGCCUAACAGUUUCUCUACUCCCUAAAUUCCUCAGUUAUCAGUUGCCUGUAGGCAGUUCUCCUUGUCCUUUGUUGUCUGGCCUAACUCUUACUCACAUUGCUAAAUAGUGGCUCAAUGCCAUAGUCUUUACUGGUCCUACACUCACACAUUUCUAACACAUUAUACACAGUUUCAGGGUGUAAUAAUUAGUCAUUAAUAAUUAAUCUAUCAACGAGAUCUUCAGUUUCUUCGCAAUUUCUCACAUAGAAUAGCCUUCAUUUCUCAGAACAAGAAUAGACUGAUGAGUUUCAGAAGAAAGUUAUUUGUUUCUGGCCAUUUUGAGCCUGUAGUCGAACCCACAAUUGCUGAUGCUCCAGAUACUCAACUAAUCUCAAGAAGGCCAGUUUUAUUGCUUCUUUAAUCAGCACAACAGCUUUCAGCUGUGCUAACAUAAUAUCAAAGGGUUUUCUAAUGAUCAAUUAGCCUUUUAAAAUGAUAAACUUGGCUUAGCAAACACAACGUGCCAUUGGAACACCGGACUGAUGGUUGCUGAUAAUGGGCCUCUGUACGCCUAUGUAGAUAUUCCAUUAAAAAUCAGCCGUUUCCAGCUACAAUAUCCAUUUACAACAUUAACAAUGUCUACACUGUAUUUCUGAUCAAUUUGACAUUAUUUUAAUGGACAAAAAAAUUACUUUCUUUUCGAAAACAAGGACAUUUCUAAGUGACCCCAAACUUUUGAACGGUAGUGUACAUAUGUGUGUGUGUGUGUAUGUACAGUGGGGAGAACAAGUAUUUGAUACACUGACGAUUUUGCAGGUUUUCCUACUUACAAAGCAUGUAGAGGUCUGUAAUUUUUAUCAUAGGUACACUUCAACUGUGAGAGGAAUCUAAAACAAAAAUCCAGAAAAUCACAUUGUAUGAUUUUUAAGUAAUUCAUUUGCAUUUUAUUGCAUGACAUAACUAUUUGAUACAUGAGAAAAGCAUAACUUAAUAUUUGGUACAGAAACCUCUGUUUGCAAUUACAGAGAUCAUACUUUUCCUGUAGGUCUUGACCAGGUUUGCACACACUGCAGCAGGGAUUUUGGCCCACUCCUCCAUACAGACCUUCUCCAGAUCCUUCAGGUUUCGGGGCUGUCGCUGGGCAAUACGGACUUUCAGCUCCCUCCAAAGAUUUUCUAUUGGGUUCAGAUCUGGAGACUGGCUAGGCCACUCCAGGACCUUGAGAUGCUUCUUACGGAGCCACUCCUUAGUUGCCCUGGCUGUGUGUUUCGGGUCGUUGUCAUGCUGGAAGACCCAGCCACGACCCAUCUUCAAUGCUCUUACUGAGGGAAGGAGGUUGUUGGCCAAGAUCUCGCGAUACAUGGCCCCAUCCAUCCUCCCCUCAAUACGGUGCAGUCGUCCUGUCCCCUUUUCAGAAAAGCAUCCCCUAAGAAUGAUGUUUCCACCUCCAUGCUUCAGGGUUGGGAUGGUGUUCUUGGGGUUGUACUCAUCCUUCUUCUUCCUCCAAACACGGCGAGUGGAGGUUAGACCAAAAAGCUCUAUUUUUGUCUCAUCAGACCACAUGACCUUCUCCCAUUCCUUCUCUGGAUCGUCCAGAUGGUCAUUGGGAAACUUCAGAUGGGCCUGGACAUGCGCUGGCUUGAGCAGGGGGACCUUGCGUGCGCUGCAGGAUUUUAAUCCAUGACAGCGUAGUGUGUUACUAAUGGUUUUCUUUGAGACUGUGGUCCCAGCUCUCUUCAGGUCAUUGACCAGGUCCUGCCGUGUAGUUCUGGGCUGAUCCCUCACCUUCCUCAUGAUCAUUGAUGCCCCACGAGGUGAGAUCUUGCAUGGAGCCCCAGACAGAGGGUGAUUGACCGUCAUCUUGAACUUCUUCCAUUUUCUAAUAAUUGCGCCAACAGUUGUUGCCUUCUCACCAAGCUUCUUGCCUAUUGUCCUGUAGCCCAUCCCAGCCUUGUGCAGGUCUACAAUUUCAUCCCUGAUGUCGUUACACAGCUCUCUGGUCUUGGCCAUUGUGGAGAGGUUGGAGUCGGUUUGAUUGAGUGUAUGGACAGGUGUCUUUUAUACAGGUAACGAGUUCAAACAGGGGCAGUUAAUACAGGUAAUGAGUGGAGAACAGGAGGGCUUCUUAAAAAAAACUAACAGGUCUGUGAGAGCCGGAAUUCUUACUGGUUGGUAGGUGAUCAAAUACGUAUGUCAUGCAAUAAAAUGCAAAUUAAUUACAAAAAAAUCAUACAAUGUGAUUUUCUGGAUUUUUGUUUUAGAUUCCGUCUCUCACAGUUGAAGUGUACCUAUAAUAAAAAUUACAGACCUCUACAUGCUUUGUAAGUAGGAAAACCUGCAGAAUCGGUAGUGUAUCAAAUACUUGUUCUCCCCACUGUAUGUGUAUGUAUGUAUGUAUGUAUGUAUGUAUGUAUGUAUGCAUGUACAGUGAGGGAAAAAAGUAUUUGAUCCCCUGCUGAUUUUGUACGUUUGCCCACUGACAAAGACAUGAUCAGUCUAUAAUUUUAAUAGUAGGUUUAUUUGAACAGUGAGAGACAGAAUAACAACAAAAAAAAUCCAUAAAAACGUAUGUCAUAAAUAUUAUCAAUUGAUUUGCAUUUUAAUGAGGGAAAUAAGUAUUUGACCCCUCUGCAAAACAUGAUUUAGUACUUGGUGGCAAAACCCUUGUUGGCAAUCACAGAUGUCAGACGUUUCUUGUAGUUGGCCACCAGGUUUUCUCAGGAGGGAUUUUGUCCCACUCCUCUUUGCAGAUCUUCUCCAAGUCAUUAAGGUUUUGAGCAUGACGUUUCGCAACUCGAACCUUCAGCUCCCUCCACAGGCUUUCUAUGGGAUUAAGGUCUGGAGACUGGCUAGGCCACUCCAGGACCUUAAUAUGCUUCUUCUUGAGCCACUCCUUUGUUGCCUUGGCCGUGUGUUUUGGGUAAUUGUCAUGCUGGAAUACCCAUCCACGACCCAUUUUCAAUGCCCUGGCUGAGGGAAGGAGGUUCUCACCUAAGAUUUGACGGUACAUGGCCCGUCCAUCGUCCCUUUGAUGCGGUGAAGUUGUCCUGUCCCCUUAGCAGAAAAACACCCCCAAAGCAUAAUGUUUCCACCUCCAUGUUUGACAGUGGGGAUGGUGUUCUUGGGGUCAUAGGCAGCAUUCAUCCUCCUCCAAACACGGCGAGUUGAGUUGAUGCCAAAGAGCUCGAUUUUAGUCUCAUCUGACCACAACACUUUCACCCAGUUCUCCUCUGAAUCAUUCAGAUGUUAAUUGGCAAACUUCAGACGGGCCUGUAUAUGUGCUUUCUUGAGCAGGGGGACCUUGCGGGCGCUGCAGGAUUUCAGUCCUUCACGGCGUAGUGUGUUACCAAUAGUUUUCUUGGUGACUAUGGUCCCAGCUGCCUUGAGAUCAUUGACAAGAUCCUCCCGUGUAGUUCUGAGCUGAUUCCUCACCGUUCUCAUGAUCAUUGUAACUCCACGAGGUGGUAUCUUGCAUGGAGCCCCAGGCCGAGGGAGAUUGUCAGUUCUUUUGUGUUUCUUCCAUUUGCGAAUAAUCGCACCAACUGUUGUCACCUUCUCACCAAGCUGCUUGGCGAUGGUCUUGUAGCCCAUUCCAGCCUUGUGUAGGUCUACAAUCUUGUCCCUGACAUCCUUGGAGAGCUCUUUGGUCUUGGCCAUGGUGGAGAGUUUGGAAUCUGAUUGAUUGAUUGCUUCUGUGGACAGGUGUCUUUUAUACAGGUAACAAACUGAGAUUAGGAGCACUCCCUUUAAGAGUGUGCUCCUAAUCUCAGCUUGUUACCUGUAUAAAAGACACCUGGGAGCCAGAAAUCUUUCUGAUUGAGAGGGGGUCAAAUACUUAUUUCUCUCAUUAAAAUGCAAAUAAAUUUAUAACUUUUUUGACAUGCGUUUUUCUGGAUUUUUUUGUUGUUAUUUUGUCUCUCACUGUUCAAAUAAACCUACCAUUAAAAUUAUAGACUGAUCAUUUCUUUGUCAGUGGGCAAACGUACAAAAUCAGCAGGGGAUCAAAUACUUUUUUCCCUCACUGUAUGUAUGUAUGUAUGUAUGUAUGUAUGUAUGUAUGUAUGUAUGUAUGUAUGUAUGUAUGUAUGUAUGUAUGUACAGUGGGGAAAAAAAGUAUUUAGUCAGCCACCAAUUGUGCAAGUUCUCCCACUUAAAAAGAUGAGAGAGGCCUGUAAUCUUCAUCAUAGGUACACGUCAACUAUGACAUACAAAAUGAGAAAAAAAAAUCCAGAAAAUCACAUUGUAGGAUUUUUAAUGAAUUUAUUUGCAAAUUAUGGUGGAAAAUAAGUAUUUGGUCAAUAACAAAAGUUUCUCAAUACUUUGUUAUAUAACCUUUGUUGGCAAUGACACAGGUCAAACGUUUUAUGUAUGUCUUCACAAGGUUUUCACACACUGUUGCUGGUAUUUUGGCCCAUUCCUCCAUGCAGAUCUCCUCUAGAGCAGUGAUGUUUUGGGGCUGUCGCUGGGCAACACGGACUUCCAACUCCCUCCAAAGAUUUUCUAUGGGGUUGAGAUCUGGAGACUGGCUAGGCCACUCCAGGACCUUGAAAUGCUUCUUACGAAGCCACUCCUUCGUUGCCUGGGCGGUGUGUUUGGGAUCAUUGUCAUGCUGAAAGACCCAGCCACGUUUCAUCUUCAAUGCCCUUGCUGAUGGAAGGAGGUUUUCACUCAAAAUCUCACGAUACAUGGCCCCAUUCAUUCUUUCCUUUACACGGAUCAGUCGUCCUGGUCCCUUUGCAGAAAAACAGCCCCAAAGCAUGAUGUUUCCGCCCCUAUGCUUCACAGUAGGUAUGGUGUUUUUUGGAUGCAACUCAGCAUUCUUUGUCCUCCAAACACGACGAACCAAAAAGUUAUAUUUUGGUUUCAUCUGACCAUAUGACAUUCUCCCAAUCCUCUUCUGGAUCAUCCAAAUGCACACUAGCAAACUUCAGAUGGGACUGGACAAUUACUGGCUUAAGCAGGGGGACACAUCUGGCACUGCAGGAUUUGAGUCCCUGGCGGCGUAGUGUGUUACUGAUGGUAGGCUUUGUUACUUUGGUCCCAGCUCUCUGCAGGUCAUUCACUAGGUCCCCCCGUGUGGUUCUGGGAUUUUUGCUCACCGUUCUUGUGAUCAUUUUGACCCCACGGGGUGAGAUCUUGCGUGGAGCCCCAGAUCGAGGGAGAUUAUCAGUGGUCUUGUAUGUCUUCCAUUUCCUAAUAAAUGCUCCCACAGUUGAUUUCUUCAAACCAAGCUGCUUACCUAUUGCAGAUUCAGUCUUCCCAGCCUGGUGCAGGUCUACAAUUCUGUUUCGGGUGUCCUUUGACAGCUCUUUGGUCUUGGCCCUAGUGGAGUUUGGAGUGUGACUGUUUGAGGUUGUGGACAGGUGUCUUUUAUACUGAUAACAAGUUCAAACAGGUGCCAUUAAUACAGGUAACGAGUGGAGGACAGAGGAGCCUCUUAAAGAAGAAGUUACAGGUCUGUGAGAGCCAGAAAUCUUGCUUGUUUGUAGGUGACCAAAUACUUAUUUUCCAACAUAAUUUGCAAAUAAAUUCAUAUAAAUUUUUACAAUGUGAUUUUCUGGAUAAUUUUUUCUCAAUUUGUCUGUCAUAGUUGACGUGUACCUAUGAUGAAAAUUACAGGCCUCUCUCAUCUUUUUAAGUGGGAGAACUUGCACAAUUGGUGGCUGACUAAAUACUUUUUUCCCCCACUGUAUGUAUGUAUAUAUAUAUAUAUAUAUAUAUACAUAUACACACACACACACACACACACACACACACACACAUAUAUAUAUAUAUAUAUAUAUAUAUAUAUAUAUAUAUAUAUAUAUAUAUAUAUAUAUAUAUAUAUAUAUAUAUAUAUAUAUAUAUAUAUGUGUGUGUGUGUGUAUACAGUGCAUUCGGAAAGUAUUCAGAACCCUUCCCUUUUUCCACAGUUUAUGUUGCAGCCUUUUUCUAAAAUGGAUUAAAUAUAUUUUUUUCCUCAUCAAUCUACACACAAUGCCCCCCAAUGACAAAGCGAAAACAGGUUUAGACAUUUUUGCUAAUGUAUAAAAAAUAAAAACAGAUCUUAUUUACAUACGUAGUCAGACCCUUUGCUAUGAUACUCGAAAUUGAGCUCAGGUGCAUCCUGUUUCCAUUGAUCAUCCUUGAGAUGUUUCUACAACUUGAUAUGAGUCCACCUGUGGAAAUUAAAUUGAUUGGACUUGAUUUGGAAAGGCACACACUUGUCUAUAUAAGGUCCCACAGUUGACAGUGCAUGUCAGAGCAAAAACCAAGCCAUGAGGUCAAAGGAAUUGUCUGUGGAGCUCCGAGACAGGAUUUUGUCGAGGCACAGAUUUGGGGAAGGGCUCCAAAAAAUUUCUGCAGCAUUGAAGGUCCCCAAGAACACAGUGGCCUCCAUCAUGCUAAAUAUGGAAGAAGUUUGGAACCACCAAGACUCUUCCUAGAGCUGGCGGCCCAGCCAAACUAAGCAAUCGGGGGAGAAGGGCCUUGGUCAGGGAGGUGACCAAGAACCUGAUGGUCACUCUGACAGAGCUCCUGAGUUCCUCUGUGGAGAUGGAAGAACCUUCCAGAAGGACAACCAUCUCUGCAGCACUACACCAAUCAGGUCUUUAUGGUAGAGUGGCCAGACGGAAGCCACUCCUCAGUAAAAGGCACAAGACAGCCCGCUUGGAGUUUGCCAAAAGGCACCUAAAGGACUCUCAGACCAUGAGAUACAAGAUUCUCUGGUCUGAUGAAACCAAGAUUCAACUCUUUGGCCUGAAUGUCAAGCGUCACGUCUGGAGGAAACCUGGCACCAUCCCUACUGUGAAGGUUCACCUUCCAACAGGACAACGACCCUAAGCACACAGCCAAGACAACGCAGGAGUGGCUUCGGGACAAGUCUCUUAAUGUCCUUGAAAUGCACAGCCAGAGCCCGGAUUUGAACCCAAUCGAACAUCUAUGGAGAGACCUGAAAAUAGCUGUGCAUCGACGCUCCCCAUCCAACCUGACAGAGAGCUUGACAGGAUCUGCAGAGAAGAAUGGGAGAAACUCCCCAAAUACAGGUGUGCCAAGCUUGUGGCGUCAUACCCAAGAAGACUCGGGGCUGUAAUCGCUGCCAAAAGUGCUUCAACAAAGUACUGAGUAAAGGGUCUGAAUACUUAUGUAAAUGUAAUUUCAGUUUAGUUUUUUAUAUAUUUGCAAAAAAAUCUAAAAACCUGUUUUUGCUUUGUUAUUAAGGGGUAUUGUGUGUAGAGUGAUGAGGGAAAAAAACAAUUAAAUCCAUUUUAGAAUAAGGCUAACGUAACAAAAUGUGGAAAAAGUCAAAGGGUCUGAAUACUUUCCGAAUGCACUGUAUAUAAGUCAGUCAGUGUCCAGUUUAUUAGGUAUGCCCAUCAGGAACCGGGUUGGACCCCCAAUUUUAUCCAGAACAGCCUGAAUUCUUCUGGGCAUGGAUUCUACAAAGUGUCGCGUUCAAACUUUGCACAAUUGGUAUCAAGGGACCCCAACGUCUGCCAGGAAAACAUUCCCCUAACCAUUAGACCCCACCCCCACCAGCCUAAACCGUUGACACCAGGCAGGAUGGGACUUAUGCUGCUUACGCCAAAUCCUGACUAUGCCAUCAGCAUGACGCAACAGGAACCGGAAUUCGUCGGACCAGGCAAUGUUUUUCCACUUCUCAAUUGUCCAGUGGAGUUGCUUAUUUUUGGUUUUAGCUGAUAGGAGUAGAAUCCAGUGCGGUCAUCUGAUGCAAUAGCCAAUCCGUGACAAGGACCAACGAGUUGUUAGUUCCGAAAUGCCGUUCCGCACACCACUAUUUUACUGCGCCGUUAUUUGCCUGUUUAUGGCCUGCCUGUUAGCUUGCUCGUUUCUUGCCAUUCUCCUUCGACCUCUCUCAUCAACAAGCUUUUUUCGCCCACAGGACUGCCACUGACUGCAUGUUUUUUGUUUGUCGCACCAUUCUCGGCAAACCCUAGACACUGUCGUACGUGAAAUGCCCAGGAAGCCGGACGUUUCUGAGAUACUGGAACCGGCGCGCCUUGCACAGACGAUCAUACCACGCUAAAAGUUGCUUAGGUCACUCGUUUUGCCCAUUCUAACGUUCAAUUGAACAGUAACUGAAUGCCUCGAUGUCUGCCUGCUUUAUAUAGCAAGUCACAGCAAACGUGACGCACUGUCUGUAGGAGCAAACUAUUUUCGUGAACCUAAUAAACCUGCCACUGAGUGUAUAUAUGCAGAUUCCGCUUGCUCACUCACUCACACACUCUCUCCCUCUCUCUCCUGCAGUGCUGGGGAACCUGGCAGAGACAUAUGUGUCUGCCAUCCGGAGCGGGCAGAUCCCCUGCCUGGACAAUGCUGUGGUGGCGCUGGCCCAGAUAGAGAACUCCAGCGCCAUCGAGAGGGCCAGGGCCCACUACCAGAGGGGCAUGGCUGACUGGGUGGCCUACCCCACAGACACCCAAGAGGAGCUGUCUGAAGUGCAUGCUGUCAUGGAGAAGGAGGCUGUGGCCAUAUUCAUCAACAGCUCCUUUAAAUAUGAGGACCAGAAGUACCAGUUGGAGCUCAUGGUAUGGGAGUGUAGAUUCUAUAUUCAAUGAGUCAAUAUUAAAUUCAAUGAUACAUGUAUUUAACAAGAUUAGGUUAAUUUGUAUUUUGGGUGAACUAUCCCUUUAUGGUACCAUUUUAUUACCUCAACUCAACCAAGACAUUCUGGUUCAUUCUGGUACAUUCUGAACCAACCUCUUUCUGUAGAAAGUGCUUCAGGAGGAGUACGAGAAGAUCUGUGAGAGGAACUACAAGGAGUCCCAGAAGGCAUGUGAGUCCAAAAUCGAAUGCAUCUUUGCCCCCAUGGAGGAGCAAAUAAGGGAUGGCUCCUACAUGACCCCUGGAGGAUACAAAGUGUACUGCAACGACCUGAAACUGGCCACCAGCGAAUACAGAUCUGAGGGAGGCAGGGGAGUGAAGGUAUGUUGGAGGUGGUGCUUCAGCUAUUUUAGGACAGUAUGCAAUUAUCAUGUUUUGUGGAUGCUGUUUAAAGGAGUUAUGAAUGGACUGAUGUGAUGUUGAAAGUUAAACAUUGUAUGUGGUUGUUCAAGGCUAAAGAUGUACUGAAGGAGUACUUGGAAAGGAAGGCAAGCAUUGGUCAGGCCAUCCUGUCAGCAGACCAGUCCCUCACUGAAGCUGAGCAGAGAGCAGAAGGUGAUAUAAUAAAUAUGUAACUAACAUCUGCCAAAUCAGUGUGCUACAAGGACAAUACACAUGUCCUGACGACAACAUUCUAAUGACCACCACAUGAAGGCUUACCUCUCACUCUCUUUCCCUCAGUCUCUCUCUGUCACACAUACUCUCUUCCUCUUUAGCCGAGGAAGCAAGAAGGGAGGCAUCUGAGCGGGAGAAUCGCGCCAUGGAGGAGCAGCUGGUAGUCUAGGAGAGGUUGAGAGCGGACCAGCUGAGGACAUAUGAGGAAAAUGUGAACCAGUUGAUGGACAGGAUGGAGAGAGACAGCAGAAAUGCCGUCGCAGAGCACGAUAGAGUUCUGCAGGCCAGACUCAAGGUAGGAACCAAAAACACAAACAUUGAGAAGUACACUUUAAAACUACAGUAACUGUAGUAAUACGAUGUGUGUCUGAUGUGUACACUGCAUUUGUCAGGUAUACACUAUGUCUGAUGUACUGUAUGUUACAAACUGUAUUUGUCAUUUCAGGAGCAGAGUGACCUCCUCCAGCAAGGAUUUGAUGACAAAGCAAGCCAAAUGCAAAGAGAGAUAGAUGCCCUUAAGGAUGCGAAGGCACAAGAGGAAGAGAAUAGGCCGUCAUUCAUUAGCAAGGCUCUGGAUACUGUUGGGACUGCAGCUACAAUGUUCCUACCAGGAAUAUUCCCCAAACUUGAAGGAAUGGCUGUGAAAUUCUUUUCAAAGUUGUUCUGA